AUGAAUUCACAUAAACAACCAUCGGUUCAAAGUCCACAACAAUCAAAGAAAGAUAUGAAGAGUAAAAUGGAGGAGGAAGAGACACCACCAAUGAUGCUUAACAGUCAGUCGGUGAUCUUCAGUAUAUUCGACGCAUUCGAUCCAGCUGAGGAAUCCGAUCAGACCAAUGCAACGCUGUUCUUCUAUCCCGAUCAGGUGCAAUCUAACAAGGCAUUAUAUGGUGCAUCGGAAUUGAUUCAUAAUAUAAUAUUUCCAGAUCAUUUGGGUGGUGCUAUUUUUGUAAAGGAGAAUCUGUUGUAUACUAAUAUCGAGCUUGGUCCAACCAAGUUGAUUUUGGAUCGUAUAAAGAUGUUGCGUGAGAAACAACCGAUUGGAAAGGAUCCACUAGAGGAUUCACUCACUGUCUAUAUUUCACCGGAGGACUACAACAAGAUGGCCAACUACAAAUCGGAUUACACCGGUGUCUUGGAACAGCCUGUGGUGCCCGGUGACAACUCUGCCGAGUACUCUACCAAUUUCAUUCCGGUCGAUCUGUUGUUGGUUGUUUGGUCGUCGAUCUCGAUCGCCGUUAUCUCGAAAGAGAUUCAACAGCUAUCGACCCGCUACCUCAAUAAGAUCAAAUAUCACACUGGCACCGUUGAGACGCUCGAGAAAGACCCGUCGCUACAGAAUCCACAGAUCACCAGUGACACCACCAUCUCACCGUCCAACAACUAUAUGUAUCACUAUUUCAGUUAUAACGCACUGAAUGGUCAGGCGAUCAGCUCUGGUAUGUCGACAGACGUCGAGAACAUUUUCAUCUCGACAUGCUCUUCCAUCCACGAUACAUUUGAAAAGAAUCCAAACAUCACACAGAUGUUCCUCAAGAAUGCACACAGUGAAAUAUUUUGCAAGAAACAAAAUGGACAUGAGAUUUACUAUCAACCAAAGAACAGUCAGCAAUUCGUUGAACAAUGUGAAACCAUCGUUCAAAAAUCAUUAAGAGAGAAUCAUAAUAUUAAUAUCAUUAUAUUGGCACUAUUGUUACUAUUUUUGUUGGUUUCGAAUUAUGUGCCGGUUGAGGAAAUAGAUAGAGCCAACAGUUUGUUUUCACAAAAUGUAAAGGAAGGAAAUCUAUUUAGUAUGGGAGUUGAUUCUGUUGACCCUGUUCCAAAACCGGACUUGCCGCCAGUGAAACCCUUUAAAGAUAGCUGUCUUAGUAUGUGCGCGGACAGCAGUGAAUCAUUCCUAGAGUUUUGUAAGAGUUUGCCUCAUGCCAAUAUGAUUGAACAUUGCAAACAUAAUGUUGCUUCUUACAAUCCUGCAAUCUGUGAGUUAGUUUGUGAAACUUUGAAAGUAUCUGCCACUGUACUCUACCCAGCUGCAUUCACCCCCACAACUACACCUGCAACAACCGGUACACCUGAUUCAACUACACCUGCUACAACCGGUGCUCCUGCUACAACUGCAUCCGCAACAACCGGUGCUCCUGCUACAACUGGCGAACAUGCAACAACUGCUCCUGCUACCACCGCUCCUGCUACAACUGGCGAACAUGCAACAACUGCUCCUGCUACAACUGGAGAACAUGCUACAACUGCUCCUGCUACCACCGCUCCUGCUACAACUGCUCCUGCUACAACUGUCCAUGAAUCAACUACAGACACUGGGUUUGCGACGUCCCAUCGUGGAACAACAUCAAGCAUAGAUAUCCAUACUGAACAUGCAACAACAAUAGCAGAAUCUACAACAGCUGCUAGUACUUCUACUGGUAAAGCCAAUUCCACCACUGUACAUGAGACCCCAACAAUUGGACCAUUAACAAAUAGUAUAACAAGCAAAUCCGAUUCCACUGUUGGUCAAGGCAUUUCAACAACAGGUUUAGAAAUCGGUAAUAAUUCACCGAUAGAUUUCCCAAUACCAACAACAUCACCUCCUAGACAUCCACGAACAACAACAGCAGCAUCUCAACCAAGUAGAACACCUGAACCAACAAUGCCAUCUAGACCACCAAAAACAACAUCAACAACAUCGUCAACAACAAAAUCAUCAUUCAAUUUCUUUGACAGUCUUAGAGAAGGUUUUGAUUCACUCAGAAAGAAUACCCUUGCAGCUUGA